AGGGGAGAGAACUGGUGCGGAUAUUGCUUGUGGCAGGAGCUGAUCCAUCAGCUCAAGAUUCACAGAAUGGGAGGACAGCUUUGCAUACAGCUGCUAUGACUAAUGAUGUAGACUUGGUUAAGGUUAUUCUUGCUGCUGGCGUUGAUGUGAACAUUCGCAAUGUGCACAACAGUAUACCUCUUCAUUUGGCCUUAGCUAGGGGCGCAAAGGCAUGUGUUGGACUGCUUCUAGCUGCCGGGGCGGAUUAUAAUUUGCAGGAUGAUGAUGGUGACAAUGCUUUCCAUAUAGCAGCAGAGACAGCAAAAAUGAUACGUGAAAAUCUUGACUGGCUUAUUGUUAUGUUAAGGAAUCCGGAUGCUGAUAUUGAAGUCAGAAACCACAGUGGCAAGACACUACGGGACAUCUUAGAGGCUCUUCCCCGAGAAUGGAUAUAUGAAGAUCUGAUGGAGGCACUCAUGAAUAGAGGAGUUCAUUUGUCUCCUACUAUAUUUGAAGUGGGAGAUUGGGUGAAGUUUAGAAGAACCGUUACAACUCCAACAUAUGGGUGGCAAGGGACUAGACCGAAGAGUGUUGGCUUUGUGCAAAGUGUUACAGAUAAAGAUAAUCUCAUCGUUUCAUUUUGUUCUGGAGAGGUUCAUGUUCUAGCAAAUGAAGUUGUAAAAGUCAUUCCAUUGGAUAGGGGGCAACAUGUACAGCUGAAAGAAGAUGUGAAAGAGCCCAGGUUUGGAUGGCGUGGGCAGUCGCGUGACAGCAUUGGGACGGUAUUAUGUGUUGACGACGAUGGAAUCCUCCGCGUUGGGUUUCCUGGAGCAUCCAGAGGAUGGAAAGCUGACCCAGCAGAGAUGGAACGAGUUGAGGAAUUCAAGGUUGGAGAUUGGGUUCGUAUUCGUCCAACUCUUACAUCUGCGAAGCAUGGAUUAGGUUCUGUGACACCAGGAAGCAUUGGAAUUGUAUAUUGUAUCAGACCAGACAGUAGUCUCUUAAUAGAACUGAGCUAUCUACCAAAUCCAUGGCAUUGUGAACCAGAAGAGGUCGAGCAUGUUACUCCUUUUAGGAUUGGUGAUAAGGUAUGUGUGAAACGAUCUGUUGCAGAACCUAGAUAUGCAUGGGGUGGUGAGACACAUCAUAGUGUUGGAAGAAUAAGUGAGAUUGAGAAUGAUGGUCUCUUAAUAAUAGAUAUACCAAACCGACCCAUACCAUGGCAGGCUGAUCCAUCUGAUAUGGAGAAGGUGGAAGAUUUUAAGGUUGGAGAUUGGGUCAGAGUGAAAGCUUCAGUAUCUUCUCCAAAAUAUGGAUGGGAAGAUAUCACAAGGAACAGUAUUGGGGUGAUUCAUAGCCUGGAGGAGGAUGGCGACAUGGGGGUUGCCUUUUGCUUCAGAAGUAAGCCGUUUUCUUGCUCAGUCACUGAUGUGGAGAAGGUUGCCCCUUUUGAGGUGGGACAAGAAAUUCAUGUGAUGCCGUCUGUUACUCAGCCACGGCUUGGAUGGUCAAAUGAAUCUCCAGCUACUGUUGGAAAAAUAGUGAGAAUUGACAUGGAUGGUGCUCUCAAUGUGAGGGCCACUGGAAGGCAAAGCUUGUGGAAAGUUUCUCCUGGAGAUGCAGAACGACUUCCAGGAUUUGAAGUUGGGGAUUGGGUGCGCUCAAAACCAAGCCUGGGAACCAGACCAAGUUAUGACUGGAAUAGUGUUGGGAGAGAGAGUGUAGCUGUUGUGCAUAGUGUACAGGAUUCUGGAUACUUGGAAUUGGCUUGCUGUUUCCGAAAAGGGAAGUGGAUAACUCAUUAUACAGAUGUUGAAAAGGUUCCUAGCUUUAAAGUGGGGCAGUAUGUUAGGUUCCGAAAUGGCUUGGUUGAACCAAGGUGGGGUUGGAGAGGAGCUCAGCCUGAAUCUCAAGGGGUUAUAACCAGUAUUCAUGCUGAUGGAGAAGUUAGGGUAGCUUUCUUUGGUUUGCCGGGACUGUGGAGAGGAGAUCCUUCAGACCUGCAGAUUGAGCAAAUGUUUGAAGUGGGAGAGUGGGUUAGGUUAAAAGAUAAUGCAAAUCAUUGGAAAUCAAUUUGGCCAGGUAGUGUUGGUGUUGUUCAAGGAAUAGGGUAUGAAGGAGAAGAAUUGGACAGAAGCACUUUUGUUGCCUUUUGUGGGGAGCAAGAAAAAUGGGUAGGACCAAGUUCCCAUCUUGAAAGAGUUGACAAACUCAUUGUGGGACAGAAGGUUAGAGUUAAACAAUACGUAAAGCAACCAAGAUUUGGGUGGUCAGGGCACACCCAUGCUAGUCUCGGGAUUAUACAAGCAAUUGAUGCGGAUGGAAAGCUUCGAAUAUACACCCCAGCAGGAUCAAAAGCAUGGAUGUUGGACCCAUCAGAAGUGGAGGUGGUAGAAGAGAAGGAGCUCUGUAUUGGAGACUGGGUAAGGGUUAGAGCGUCAGUUUCAACCCCAACCCACCAUUGGGGGGAAGUGAGUCAUUCAAGCCUUGGGGUGGUGCAUCGGAUGGAAGAUGAAGAUCUGUGGGUGGCGUUCUGUUUUACGGAGAGGUUAUGGCUUUGUAAGGCGUGGGAAAUGGAACGGGUUAGGCCAUUUAAAGUGGGGGACAAGGUAAGGAUCAGAGAUGGACUGGUGACCCCACGGUGGGGAUGGGGAAUGGAGACACAUGCCAGCAAGGGCCAGGUGGUAGGGGUAGAUGCAAAUGGCAAACUAAGAGUAAAGUUCCGGUGGAGGGAAGGGAGGCCCUGGAUAGGAGACCCUGCUGAUAUUGCACUUGAUGAGAAAUGAUGUUAUACUUUAGGAAAAUGGAAGCUUGUAUCAUAACUGGAUUCUCUCGUUCAACUCUUUAGUCUAUGCUUUUCUGGGCCUGAGCUUGUGCAUAGAAGUGGAAAGCCUCCCCGCUACCAAAUGUGCUUUGAACUAUAACUCUGUCCUGUAGGUUGGAAUGCAAGAUUUAUUUGUGUUAAUAAACAUAGGACUGAUAUGAUUAAAGUUAUGGAGAUAGGAAAAUUGGCUUCCUGACCGAGAUAUGGAGAUUUGAAGACAGUUAAAAGCAUAUAUUGGCGGUUGGCCCAUUUAUAUUCAUUACUCACAUAUAAGUUUGUAGUCCCAGAUUUUGUUGUGUAUAUUUUUAUAUAUGUUUAUUUAAUAUUAUUGUACAAAUUGUACUCCGCAGACUUAAUGCAUUUUUUUGACUCACCAUAAUGCA